AUGCAGUUGGAGCACCUGCAGGGUAUCGGCCUGGAGCUGGUGGCCGCUCCUGCCUGCACGAUCGGCUUCCGGCGCGAGCCGUGCUCAGGCGCGGACGCGGUACGAGCAGUCUCCGAAGCAGGCGAGGGCUCGGACGCGGUACGAGCAGUCUCGGGCGGCCAGGACAACGAACACGAUGCCCCGCCUCCAGCUUUUUUGGACCUGCCCGAUGUGGUCGAGACCAUCGGGGAGACCUCCUGUGAGCCAGAGCUGCUGGCGCGGCUGGGCAUGACCAGCCGGCAGAUGUGGGCCCACGUGGGUGGCCUGGACUUUGCGCUGCGCCGCGCGGAGGAGCUGCGGCGGCAUGGGGCCUCAUGGGCGGAGGGCUGUGCAAAGCUGGAGCUGCUGGCCCUGGGCCUGCAGGUUCAGAGAUCGUGCAGCGGCCCCACGAAGAACCACGUGUACUUCCCGUACGGCGGAGGAACCGACCUCAUGGAACCCACCAUUCACCUGAUAAACGAGGCGGCGGCCGUGGGGAAGAGGUUUCCGCGCGUGCGCCUCCAUGUGGACGCCCACACUGGCAGAGCAGCGCCAGGGGGGAUCGCCAGGGCUUGCUCGGUGCACCGCGCCAGGGUGGUGAAGCGCGCAUUGAGAUUGCGAGGCGUCGCCGAGCGGCGGCUCAGCAGCUCUGCGUGGGGCAAGCAGGUGGCACAGCACUGGUCGGAGCCGGACGGCGAGACCGCGGCGAGGGCAGAGGUGUUCUUCUGCAUGGACGGCUGCGAGUUCCCGCCGCGAUCGGCCCACUACAGCCUCGUGGCCAACCAGCCCUCGCCCGAGCUGGGCCUGGGCCUGGACCUGGAGGAAGACCGAGACUGGGGGUGGGGGCUCUGA